UGCAGCUCCACAAGUAUUUCGCCACCUACUUCACGCACUGGUUACAGGAGAUCUCGGAGUUUUGGAUCAGAUGCGCCCUACAUCUGCUCAUUGAUUUUUCUGCACUUCUCGGUGUGCUAUGGAGUCCUCCCUAGCGAAUAUAUCGAAAAUCUUAGAGGAUACUUCAAAUUUUUCACUUAGCAGAUUGAAGGCAGAAGCAGAAAAAAUAUCGUUGAAGGAUACAAAACCGGUGUUCGAUGUUGCACUCCGAGGGAGAAUGCUCCGCCUUUUGUCUACGCAAUCUGUCGACGAGGUCAAAACACUUCUAAAAAUGGGCGUUGCUGCAGCUCUUGCUAAUAUCUGCUCAGCUCCGACGCCGUUCCUGCUUUUCUCUGACGUUUUCAAUACGAAACCAAUCAAUGUUUGUCAAGAAUUGUUCGCUUUUAUGGAGGAGACGAUUACUACUUUGAAAGAUGUUCCAUUAUUCGCUUCUGGACGCAACACGCUUUUGCGAAUGUGCAACGAUUUGCUUCGUCGGCUGUCGAAGUCCCAGAACACCGUCUUCUGUGGACAGAUCCAGUUAUUCUUGUCCAGAUUGUUUCCGUUGGAUGAGAAAUCGGGUCUCAACUUGAUGAGUAACUUCAAUCUGGAAAAGGAAACACCCUACAACAAACAACCCGAGCCCUCUGUCUUCAAACAUCAGGGCCUAACUGAUAGCCAUUUAGAGGACCUGGAGGAGGGUGAGACAACGGACAACACCCCGCCAUUAGAAAUUGACUGCACCUUGUACGUGAAGUUCUGGUCCUUGCAGGAAUUUUUCAAAGUGCCCACAUUAUGUUUCGACAGGUCAAAGUGGUUGGUUUUUCAGAGCAGCGCUGAUAAAGUUCUGGAAAUAUUUUCCAGCAUCAAACUGACUUGCGGAAGUGAGGGGGACACGCAGUGCGAAACUAACAGUGCCAAAUUUUCUAAAUAUCUUACAAGCGAAAAACUUUUAGAUCUCCAACUAAUGGAUUCAAGCUUCCGGCGAUAUAUUUUGGUGCAAUUUCUCAUCAUCUUCCAGUAUCUCACUACUCCGACCAAGUUUAAGACCGCGGAACAAGUUUUGUCCGAUGAGCAGAUUGAGUGGGUAAAUCGAAAGCGCGAAGCUGUAUUGUGUCUUUUGGCCGGUUCCAAUCUCACUGACUCCCACGAGUCUGGCUCCUUCGUCUCUGUGGUAGAGCGUAUUUUGGAGCGUGAAGCGUACUGGAGUAGGUGGAAAAACGAUGGCUGUCCUUCUUUUGUGCGUUCUUCGGACAAAUCACCCAUACAACUCAGAAAACGUCGCGUGAACCCAUUGGUCGAUCGAGCUGGUAACAAAAUCCUUCGAUUUGGCAAUGCAAAGUUGGACAAAUUGUGGAACGUGUGUCCAGACAACUUGGCGGCAUGUCGUGACGAACGUCGCCUUUUCCGGCCCAGUCUUCAGACCUAUUUCCAAGACGCCAUUAUGGAACUGGAUCCAUCGGAAAAGGUAGCUGAGGAGUAUCGCUCGAUAAAUAGAGAAGAAUGGUGUUGGCGCGCAUUGCGCUUUCUUUCCAGACGAUCUCCCCACUUUUACAUAAAUUGGAAUCCGCCGGGGAGAGCGGUCAAGGAUUACCUAACCGUGAUCUUGACAGAAAAGAUUCACCUUGAGGACGAUAAGAAGAACGCUCGAUCGAGCGAUACAUCUGCUUCCUCUACAUUUCGGGACUCCACUACGGAGGAUGCCGGGCCAUCACCGGCUAAGCAGCCUCGAACCGCCGCAGAGACGACCAGCAACCCUGUUGAUACAACUGCAACCCACUCGAGAAAAGCCAAGGCGGCUGUCAGCGCCAGUGAGUCCCAACCACCCUCGAAAGCUCCAAAAAAAGGACACUCAGUACCCAAAGGAGGCGGCCAUACUGGGACUGCGGUCAGCACCAGCGGCAAUCGCCCCCAUUGUACCACAGUGGAUUCGGUUGCCGAUGUUAACGACCGUGAGGAAACUAUCAUCGACGAUGACGAAUUGACAAGCAAGCAAGAUGUGGACAGUGAUCUGAACGACGAACGGGACGUCGCAUCUCACCGAUCGCCACCUCCGAAGUCGCGCAGCAAAUCCUGACUCACAUCGGUCACAUUGGCUCUGAUGUUGUUCUUGUUGUGUACAUGUUCUCCUCAUUCACCACAAUACAUACUUUGCACAUUCAUGAA